AUGUCUACUCACCAUGCAAUUAUCGCGACCGGCCUUAAAGAGCCUCUCACGAUCCAGCGAGUUCCAACUGCUACUCCGCAGCAGCAUGAUGUUCAGGUUCGAGUGGAAUGGGUACCCUCUGCACCGCUGGAUGUCUACCAGGUUGAUGCCGGUCUGAUGGCUGAGUUCCCACUAUGCCUUGGUGAUAGUGUUGCAGGGACAGUAACAGCAGUCGGCACUGACGUCCAGCGCCUCAAGGCCGGCGACCGAGUGUUUGGGUUCGUGUUCCACAGCCAAAAGGAAAAGGGACAACAGAUCUACGUGACUGCACCUGAUCACCUCUUUGGAAAGAUUCCGGAUGAAAUGUCUCUUGCUGCGGCAGCGACAGUUCCCACCAAUUUCUGCACCGCUUUCCUUACUCUGUCGGAAAAGCUCCAGAUUGAAUUGCCAUGGCCUUGUCCACAAGGAUUUGUGCCUCAUGACCAGGAUAUGCCAAUUCUGAUAUGGGGUGCCGGUAGCUCAGUUGGCCACUUUGCAGUUCAGAUUCUUAAGAACUGGGGCUACAAGAACGUCAUUGUUACAGCAUCCCCCAAGCACCAUGAGAAGCUCUAUCGAUAUGGUGCAGCACACGCCGUGGAUUACCGCAAAACUGAUGCCGUGGAAUCCAUUGCUAAGCUUUUGAACUCUCGCAAAACCUCCGAGGCCAUUCGCGUUUUUGAUUGCGUGGACUCUAAGUUCGGUUCCUUGCUUCCAAUUUCGAAGAUUGCGACCCAGGAAGGCUCCAAGGUUGCUGCUGUCCUGCCUGUUGUGAUUGGUGGUCUGUCUGAUGGGAACGGACUGCAGCUGUCUGCAGAUGUCUCUAUGGAGGCCGAUUGGCAACCCGGCGUGGAGACUCAUAGUAUUGUGAGCUAUAGUUAUGAAGCGAAUGCCUUCCUGAAGGACAAUCUUAUGCCGGAAAUUUUACCUGCUUUGCUUUUGCAAGGCAAAAUUGAACCAAACAGUCAGCGAGUUAUUGAAGGAAGUACACUGCUACAGCGAGCUAGUACAGCUCUGGAUAUCAUGAGAAGUGGCACUGUCAGUGGCGAAAGACUGGUCUGGAAAGUGUGGACGGCAGAAGAGUUCCCGGAAUACAAGUAA